UAGCUGCUUCCUUCCCUUCUCAUCAGAUCUGGUGGUCCUCAAAACUCUCACACCACUGUUCACAUAGAAACAGAACUCAAAGCAGCAGUAUGUUUUUUCCUCUCUUUUUCUUAGCAAAGGGAAAAGAAAACAAGCCAAACUGAAGCCUUGAAACACAAGCACUUCAAAGCUUAUCACUCUCUAUCUAUCACCCUGACAGGUCUACUCGUGUUCUUGCAGUACAAAAACCUAAGCUGAUAAUGGGGGAGGAAGAGAAGAAACCGGCAGCAGAAGAGGUGAAAAAACCAGAGGAACCAAAGAAAGUAGAGGAGGAGAAGAAAGAAGAGAAGCCAGCAGAAAAACCAGCGGCUGAAGAGAAAAAAGAUGAGAAAAAACCAGAGGAGACGAAAGAUAAAUCACCUCCACCUCCUCAAGAAAUUGUACUUAAAGUCUACAUGCAUUGUGAGGGCUGUGCCCGUAAGGUCCGUAGGUGCCUUAAGGGCUUCGAAGGAGUUGAAGAUGUAGCUACUGACUGUAAGGCUAGUAAGGUGGUUGUGAAAGGAGAGAAAGCGGAUCCAUUGAAAGUUCUUGAAAGAAUUCAAAGGAAAAGCCAUAGGCAAGUGGUGCUUAUAUCUCCGAUCCCAAAACCUCCGUCGGAGGAGGAGAAGAAGGCCGAGGAGAAGGAGAAGCCUAAAGUUGAAGAGAAGAAAGAAGAGCCUCCAGUGAUCAGAUUGGUGGUGCUAAGGGUAUCCAUGCAUUGUGAAGCUUGUGCGAUGGAAAUCAAGAAACGGAUACUAAGAAUGAAAGGUGUGGAAUCAGCUGAACCAGAUCUUAAGAGCUCAGAGGUGACGGUGAAGGGAGUGUUUGAACCUCAGAAACUAGUUGAGUAUGUGUACAAGAGAACUGGCAAGCACGCAGUAAUAGUAAAACAAGAGCCCGAGAUGAAAGAAGAAGAGAAAGGAAAAGAAUCCAAGGAAGAGAAAAAAGGUGAAGAAGGUGACAAACAAAACAAAGGUGGUGAUGGUGGUGCUGGUGAGCAAGGAGAGAACAAAGACAAGAAAGAAGCUGCUGCUGGUGGUGGUGACAGUGAGGCCAAAGCAGAAGCUAAAGAAGCAACAGCAGCCGAGGAAACUACAGAAGAGACCACGGUGGUGGAGCUCAGGAAAAUGGAUUUUUAUAAUUAUUAUUGCCCACCAAGAUAUGAGUACUAUGCACAUCCUCAGAUCUUCAGUGAUGAGAACCCCAAUGCAUGUUCUGUGAUGUAAAAAACUAUGAAAAUGAGGGGCAGGAUGGGAUGAGGAAAAUUAAAAUGGGUGAUAAACAUGAUCUGCCUAUAUAUAUAUAUAUAUAUAAAAUCCUGCCUAAAUGUGCACCCUCCUUUGUGCUCCUUGAUAAAUUUAUAAUCUACAGAGAAGCUGUAGAAUUUUUGUGA